AUGUCGCUCCUCGUCCGGAAGGGCACUAUGGUGCGAUCAAAGCGAAGGCAGUCCACGAGAAAGCCCGCGGGCCAGUCUACCCGAGGGUAUGUGAACUCAGGCCUCACCCCAGAUGAUCGUCACGGGAACUACCCUCAGGAAGGACACUCAGGGAAGACAUCUCCGGCAUUGUCAGCUUCAUCAUCCAAGUAUCUCAUUCAGUCCUCUGACACGUUUGAUGGCACCCACACGCUUGAUGAAGAUUUCGAGCCUAUCUCUUACGGCACCAUCUUCCGCCAGCUUCAGGAAGCGAACGAUGAUAGCCCCGGCACGUGUGACUUCCUCCAGAGAAUAUAUUACAUUUUCUGCUCUUCGCUGUUGAUGACUAUGCUUCUUGUACUGCUACUUAUAUUACCAAUCUCCAUGAUUUCAGUCGGUGCUAGCUAUAUGGGAGACUGCCCAGAGGAACCUAACAUACCCCUCUAUCUUCUCAUAGGUGGCUGUCUUGGCUUCAUCAAGGUGUUGUUGUUGUUGUGGUAUCAGCAGAAGGUUCGUCGUUACGAGAAGUUGGGAGAUACUGAGGAGAGCGAGGACGAAGAGAACACGGACGAGGUCAUGUCAAGGUCAGCCCGCUUCACAAACCAAGGGCUCAGUGUCUUUCUUUUCGUCUGGUUCAUUCUGGGAAACUACUGGGUGUUUUCCAUCUGGCAACCAAACUACCAGCAGCCUUUGUACAGCCCUAACAACUGGUGCGACAGAUUCGUCUACCUCUUCACCUUUUACAAAAUCCUGACGCUACACGGCGUCGUUGCCUUCAUACUCAUUGUAACCAUAUGCUUCAUUACUUGUAACGCCUGCAAAAACUCCUGCCGGGGAGACAGAGCCGCGGAUCUGGCGUGA